CAAUAAUACUCCGUAUCAAAUAAUAUGGCUUCACGCAAGAAGAAGAGAUCGUCUUCGUCCGGGGAGAAGCGCCGGGAUCGCAUCAGCGGGCUCACCGAUGACGUGCUGGGCCACGUCCUCUCCUUCCUCCCAAACAAGGAGGCCGGCCGCGCCGCCGCUCUGGCCCGGCGGUGGCGCCACGUCUUCGGCAGCGUCCACACCAUCUCCUUGUCGGAGGCAGAGCGCGAGAGGGCCUGGGACUGGGACACGUUCUACUUCGAGUCCGAGGAGAGGAAGAGCUGCAGCUACGAUCUCCUCGACGGCGUCAACACUGCUCUCCUCUGCCGCGUCCGGUGCGCGGCCGACGGCCUCCCGGGGCCGCUGCGCACCUUACGCAUCGCCUUUGACGACUACCACCUGUGGGACGAGGACGCCGUCGACCAGUGGCUCGCCUACGCGCUCCGGCAUAGGCGUGGCGGCGGCGGCAUGCCGGAGCUCCACCUCGACUUGUGCUUCUUGAUCGACCCGGUCUGCACAGCAGCAGCACGCAGCCGCACAUACAAAGGCACAUAUGUCCUUCCACGAAGGCUGUUCUCGUGCACCUCCCUACGGACAUUGUGUCUCACACAUUGCCAGUUAGAACUACCGGCGAUCAUCGACAUGCCGUUCCUCGAGACAUUGCGCCUGACGAACCUCCUUGAUGCCGAGACAAGCAUCCAGCGGCUCAUCUCCAGCUGCCCUCGCCUCGUCGACCUGACGCUGGAAGCCCUCAACGAGCUGGAAAGGCUCACCAUUCUCGACAAGCGCCUCCACCGGUUCAUGCUCCGCUGCUGCCACAACAUGAAGUCCGUCGACAUCGACGCGUCCGAGCUGAGAUCCUUCAGCUACAGGGGCACGAUGCCCGCGGAAUCGCUUCUAUGUCUGCACGGCUCAUUGUUAGUCCCUUCAUGGACCAUUGAUCUCUGCAAAGCCCCUCCCAAGUCCGGGGAGGCAGGGUUCGCCGGUUUCGCAAGGUUUCUCGAGAAGAUCUCCGACGUGAAGCACCUGCAUCUGCACCGUGGAAGCAUAGCCAACAGAUUCUACGCGUCGGGAGGGUUUCCAUUGUUCUCCAGCCUGACGCGGCUCACGCUCCAAGGGUGCAUCCAGAGCUGCGAAACCGUCAUGGCGGUUCGCAUUGUCUUGGAGCAGACCCCAAACCUGGAGUCUCUCUCGCUGCUGAUGGAGGAGCAACUUCAUGGUCCGGCUGGGCUCAUAGUUCCUGACGACAGGCCAAGCUUCUCGGAGGUCCCGUGCUUGCAGCGUCAGGUGAUGGAGAUCGGCAUGGAGGGUUACGAGGGGAGCAAGGCGCAGAAGAUGCUGGCCAAGCUCCUGCUUCGCAACGCGCUGGUUCUUCAAAGGCUGCACGUCGUGUUCGUGGAGGGGAUGAAGCGUAAACGGAGGUCUAGGCUGGAGACCAAGCUGGGAGAAUGGGCAGCUGCCAAUUCAGAAAAGAUUUUCCGGUAGUUUGUGAAUUUCGACCUUCUAUGAAGCAAUUGCAGCUGCAGCAAAUAAAACUGAACUAGAUACCUUCAAAACCGUAGGGAAUCAAAUCGGUUAAAUUUGAUGCAGGUAAGCUCGAUGGAAUACUUACGGCAUGUUAUGCAUGCAGAUGAAGUGCAGCAUGCGUGCCUAGACUACCAGAAAACAUUUACUCCUACUUCUUAUUUUUUUAGCAUGACUCAACAUCACGUAUACGUUCAGCAUUUCGUUGAGCAUUAUCUUGACUUGGUCAUUUUUUUUUUUGAGAAUUCUUGACUUGGUCAUUGUUCGCUUCUUCUUGAAAUCUCAAGAAAUACCGCCCGUCUUGCGGCCCACUAGUCCUAGUUUCGGGAAAGCCCAGCCAAACCACGAAACCUUUUCCCCUCUUCUCUCUCUAUAUGGGCCGUACUGUGGCCGUCUCUCGCUCGGCUACAUUACACACUCGGCGGCACCCCUAAAAAAAAAAACACACACACUCGGCGGCAUCAACGGCAUCGCUGCUGGAGCAGAGGCGACACGAGACCGCGAGCGGCGCCACCAUGAUUCCCCCACGGCAUCCGCCUUUUACCCGUCGCCGCUGGAGUCCUCCUCCUCGCCGGAUUCUACCCCGGAGAUCCUUGCGGCGUCCCCAGACUCCGCCAACUCGAGCUUGCUGAUAGGUAACCUUUCGAUUUCCAUUUCCCCCUCCCCUUCACCCCUUUUGGAAGCUGUGAAGACGAGAUCCCGGCGUGCAGUAUACUGCUGCUGGCCGGCGGCCACCCUCUGCCGUGUGCUUCUGCGCCGUCCCUCACGGACCCUGGCUGCUGCCUCCGCGCUCCGGCAGCCCGCCGCCGUGGUGCGCCAGAGGAGGCUCCGCUCGGUGGUUAUUGUGCCGCAGCCUAUCCUCAUUGUGAUGUGCUGCCGAUUUGCUCUCCUCCCGGCUUCACUGCCCCUGAGGAGGAACGGCAUGUUGGGCGCUCCAAGGCUCAGCGCCGAGGUCUGCGGCUUUCCCCCUUCGAAGGAUUCGACCCAGACGCCACGCCGAACUUCCUAGCCGACCCAGCCAGCAGCCGAGGCCAGUUGCACACUUGCACAGAGCCAGCGACCGGCCUAUGCGAUGCGAGCCAGUGCCCACACCCGCUGCUGGGGAAUGUGCGCCCACCGCGCGAGACAGGGCAGCAGGCGGCGGUAGCGCCACAGCCGCCAGCGCCAGCCUCAGCACAUGCUCCCACGAUCCCAUCCCACAAACGGUAGGUUGUAGUCAUUGUGGGUCAAACUGCAAACUGUUCAUUCUAGUCUAUACAGGGGAUGAUGGUGUGGGGUGCUACAGCUAGUAGAGCCUACCGAGAGCUGAAAACCAGCGG